CGUAGGGCCGCCCGCGAGCCCGGGUUCCACCUUCCGCCGGGGGAGGCCGGAAAGCAAGUCGACCGCGGCGCUGGGUUUGCGACAAUGGUGUGCCGGUGGCCGUAAAGCAAGGCGUGUUGUUGACAGCUGCCUGGGCAAAGCAGGAAAUCAGUCUGAGGGGGAGAAAAAAGAAAUGAGCAAGAACAGGAGGCCGCCUCCACCACCAGGACGCAGUGGUGCUGCCAAAGCCAGACAGAUGGGUUUGCUAGUGGAUUUCUCUCCACAUGGGAUGAUGGACAAUGAUGAGGAGGAUGAUGGUGAACUGGAAUCAGAAUUAAUAGCUAUCGUGGGAGGCCAGCCAGAUUCAAAAGAGAAGCCGAAAGGGAAAACCCCUUUGCCCAUGGAAGCUAUUGAGAGAAUGGCCGCUCUCUGCAUGAAAGACCUGGAUGAAGAGGAUGGGGAAGAGGAAGAUCUGGAAGAUGAAGAUGAUCUGAUGGCGGAACUCAAUGAAGUCCUGGGUGAAGAGAAGGAAAUCAAGGAUGCCACAAUACCUGCUGCUAAGGUGAAUGAAACUUCAGCUGAUUCCAGCAGUGUAGAAUCUACUCUGGUGGAAAGGCUGGAAAUGUACAGAACAGCCAUGACUAACGCAAAGCAAGCUGGAGACAGUGCCAAAGUGCGCAGAUAUGAAAGAGGCCUCAAGACAUUAGAAAACAUGCUGACCUCGGUAAGGAAGGGCAAAAAGAUUGACGAGGAAGAAAUCCCCCCCGCAGUUGCACUAGGAAAGAGCGGGAACUCCCAGCUGCCGUCCCCUUCUCCACUGACUCUGUCAUCCCAGAGCUCCACACCCAAUGGAAGGUUCAGUUUAUCCAGCCAUCCUCCUCCACAGCCACCCACUGCAGCACCUCCACAGGGACCCUCUGCAGCAUCUCCCAAGCCGCCACCUCCUGUGUCUCCCAAGCCGUCGCCUCCUGUACUUCCAAAGCCAGCCCUGGCCUCACCCAUCAGAUCCCCAGAGACACCAGAGGAAAAGCCUUUGGCACCGUCGGGUUCUGAAAACGUCAGCACCCAGGCGCUCCUACAUGACAGGCAGCGGGAGUACAAGCUAGCCGCGCUGCGCGCUAAACAGCAAGGCAGUGUCGAGAUGGCCAGUAAAUACUACCGCAUCGCUAAGAGCUUUGAUCCCAUUGUAGAAGCUUUGGGGAAAGGUGAAACCGUGGAUCUGAGCCGUCUGCCCCCACCUCCAGACCAGCUGCCCAAGGAGCUGUUGUCCCCAGGUCUACAACAACACUCUGCUGUGUCGACAACCAUGCCUUUAGCAAAAUCAGCAGCCCCUGCUGCAGAUAUCCCUCCACCCCCGCGGGACAUGCUGGAAGCCCUGCAGCAGAGGAUGGAGCGGUAUAAAACAGCGUCAGCUCAGGCCAAGAGCAAAGGAGAUGACCGGAAGGCAAGAAUGCAUGAGCGCAUUGUGAAGCAAUACCAAGAGGCCAUCCGAGCUCACAAAGCAGGGAAAACGGUGGAUUUUGCUGAACUGCCUGUUCCACCAGGCUUCCCACCCAUCCAUGGCAUGGAGGCUUCAUCAGGAGACCAAAGCAUCAUGGGAGUCCUGGAAACGGCUAUGAAACUAGCCAAUCAGGAAGACCGAGAGAAUGAUGAGGAAGAUGACAAUGUGGAGGGGAUGAAAAAGCCGGGCUCCCGCACUGCGCUGUCAAAGCCAGCCGCCUCGUCCCAGCCCAAGCUGGUUCCACGUGCGUCUUCGGGAGGUACCCCUGCAGCAGCAAAUGUAGCUGGGACUGGCAAAUCCACCGCAAAAGCCACCACAAAAGCCCAACAGCAGCUCGCUUUCCUGGAGGGCAGGAAGAAACAACUGAUGCAGGCGGCGCUUCGAGCCAAGCAGAAGAAUGACAUUGAGGGAGCGAAGCUGUUCCUGCGUCAGGCCAAGGGCCUUGAUCCCAUGAUCGUGGCCUCCCAGGGUGGGCUUCCUGUCGACAUAACCAAAGUGCCUCAAGCCCCUGUGAACAAGGAGGAUUUCGUGCUCGUGCAGCGUCGUGGGGUCAGCAUCUCCCCAGAGGCUGCCAGCCAGUACAUGGAGUUCAUGAAGCUGAUGAGGCAGCAGCACGAGAUGUGUUUGAAUUACUCCAAGCAGUUCACUCACCUAGGAAAUAUCGCCGAAACAACCAAGUUUGAGAAGAUGGCAGAGGAUUGCAAGAAGAACAUGGAAAUCUUAAAGCAAGCCCACGCCAAAGGCUUCCCAUUGCCCAAGUACCACUAUGAGCAGAGGACCUUCAGUGUGGUCAAGAUCUUUCCUGAGCUGAACAGCAACGAUAUGGUUCUUACUAUAGUGAAAGGGAUCAACCUCCCAGCUCCUCCAGGCGUGACUCCCAAUGACCUGGAUGCCUUCGUACGCUUCGAGUUUCCCUACCCCAACGCGGAGGAAGCUCAAAAAGAUAAGACCAACGUGAUCAAAAACACAGAUUCCCCCGAAUUCAAAGAGCAGUUCAAGCUGUAUAUUAAUCGGGGCCACCGAGGGCUCAAAAGAGUCUUUCAGACCAAAGGCCUCAAGUUUGAGGUUGUCCACAAAGGGGGGCUGUUCAAGACAGACCGCGUUGUGGGCACAGCACAGCUGAAACUGGAGGCCCUGGAGACGACGUGUGAGCUUCGGGAGAUUGUCGAGCUACUGGAUGGCCGCCGGCCCACAGGGGGGAAGUUGGAGGUGAUUGUGCGUCUAAGGGAGCCUCUGAGUUCUCAGCAACUGGAGACAACAACGGAGAAAUGGCUGGUUAUUGACCCUCAGACCAUGCCGGCGGUUGCUGUCCCCAAACCGAAACCAGCAGUCGGUCCAGUAAGGGACGUGGGCAACAGCAAACCCAUUCACACUCUGCACAGCUUGAACGUUUUAGCCUUUGACAAGGAGAAGCUGGAAAAGAAGGUGUUGGCGUACAGACAGGCUCACAGGCCGCUUCCCAACGAGCUCGUGGAACAGUACCAGGACGUCACGCAGCGGAGCCAGUGGCUGAAAUCCCAGCUGCAGCACGGGGGCCCUGCGUUCAGGAAAGAGUACCUGUCGCAGCUGGAGAGGUUCCUGCAGUUCUACACCGAUUCGGCGCGGCGUCUCGGGAACGAGGGCAAUCGGGACGCCGCCAAGGAGGCCCUGUACAAGCGGAAUCUCGUGGAGAGUGAGCUUCAGAAGUUCCGCAGAUGAAGCCCUUGGUGUUGUGAAGGUCUGGGACAGAAUGGCCUGCCCCUCAUACACUGCACUCCUCUUCCCUCCAUGACCCCAGGGGGGGAGAAACUAGGCAGACACUAAUGGGAGGGGUGGAUUUCCUUUCUGCCGAGGGCGGGAGAUGUACUUGAGGGGAUGGGAAAGGCCCUGAAAUUGACCUCGCAUCCUCUGCUAGUGUAGGGAGGGUGCUGUCCUUGUGCCCCGUCCUUGUGCCCCUUCCCCACCCCACUCUGGUGGUAGGAGUGAGCUCAGGCCCUGACCUCACCCC